AUGGCUCUGACGAAUUCUGCGUGCCGAAAUUGCAACCUCCACAAGAGGCGGAGAUAUUCCUCCCAAGCCCACGCGGCCGCGCCAGAUGCCGGUAGACUCUGGGACACACAUACACCAACGAAAGGGGAGGGCGUACGACAAUACAAUGAGACAAGACCCGUUGGAGGAUACGAUCGUAGAAGUGACAGGGCGGGACAAUACGAGGACGAAGGGAUGGUCGUAAUCUCGUCCAAGGCUCAUUUUCGAGACAGGUCCGGUCGACCGUGGUCAAAAUCUUCCGACGAGGAGAAUCCAGGUACAAAUGCGGGUGUAGGUGCUGCCUCAAAAACCAGAAGGAAACCGCGUCUAGAGCUGCGAGACUUGACCAUCAGGCCGCGGAAGAAUCUGGAGCCAUGGCAGGCCCAAAAGGUUACACUUUCCAAGAAAUUCGGCGAUGAAGGAUGGAAUCCGCGAAAAAAACUCUCACCCGAUGCCAUGGAAGGGAUCCGUACUCUGCACGAAGAAGAUCCAGACCGGUGGUCCACCCCGCUUCUCGCAGAACAUUUCAAGGUGUCUCCCGAGGCAAUUCGGAGAAUAUUGAAGAGCAAAUGGCGGCCAAAGGACGAGGAGGAGCUGCAGAAGAGGAGGGAAAGAUGGGCGAAGCGACACGAUCGGAUAUGGGACCAUCAGGCAGAACUUGGCUUGAGGCCAAAGAGGAUGAAGGACAGGGAAGUGGAAGACCCCGAAGCCUUCGAUGAGGAGCUGAGGGCAAAGGAGAUGCUGGAGAUUGCACGGAAAGCUUGA